UGUCAUGGUGUCAAACUCAGUGCCAUUAGUUCCACACUGGUUCCACAGUCCCCUCCACUAUCAUUAUGGUGAAUGACAAACUUGCAGAAUUUAACGGUAUCAAGCCAAACUUCACUCUUGAAGAAGGAGAGGAGAAGGUAAUUCAGCCGAAAUUCGUAACUUUGAAGUUUACGGUAAAGCGAAACUCUGAGCAUUUUUAUUGCACCUGCCCGGCAUGGAGAAACCAGAUUGGCACUCCAGUAAACGCACGCACAUGCAAACAUCUUAUAUCACUACUCGGUGAACAAUACGAAGAGGCUCGGCUUGAAUAUAUGAAUCCUGGUGGUCCCCCACUGAAAGGACUGCCCGUGCGCAAGCCACGAGCACAAAACUCUAAGAAUCACUCCAACCAGAAAUUACCUUCCAACCCGUCGCCGGACUCUUCUGGAUCUCAGAAAAAAGUACUUGGAGCGACGUUAACUUCAAAAUCAACCAAACCGACUUCUGUACCGAGCUCUAAACCUUUUUCGACAUCAGCUGCCCCCCAAAACGCGAAACCAUCUAGCUCAAGCCUCUUGAAGGUGAUAAAAGGCAAGGUACAGGCCAAGAAGAGGGAGAAAAGGGGUAAGAAGAAGAAGAACGAUGAUGAUGAUAGUAUGGAAGUAGAUGAUGACGAAAACAAUAUGGACGAUAUUGGCGACCUGGAUGACGACGUCGACAUGGAUGAAGAUGAAAACGAUGAUGAGGACGAGGAUGUAAAGCCCACCAAGCAGUCUGUUGUUCCUUCCAAAAGGCCUAAGAAGCGAGCAAAGGAAGACUCGGAAAUUGAGGGCGAAGAGGAAGAGGCAGAGAAUAACCCAAACAAACGCCCGAAAAAACCCUCGGCAUCACAUAAAGGAAAAUCCCCUGAAAAGAAACCCAACAAGGGCAACGAAGCCAUCUCUGAGACUGAAGAUGAUAGUGAUUCCAAUCAAGAGGAUAAUAAUAAGAAGAGUACCUUGGUUAAGGGGAAGGGGAAAAAGAUAUCCAAUCAGAAGCCAGCACCGCCAAAAGCAAAGGUUCGUUCGAAUCACCACGUACGGUCUCGCUUGAUAAGUCACUGAUCCUGUCUCUCAUUUUUGCCCUCCGCCUUCUCUUGCUAUUCAUGCCAGGCGCCCGCAAAGGCAAUCUCCAAGCCAUCAUCCAGGAAGCGCACCAGAAAAGAUGAAUCCGAAACCGAUGACGAUGAUGCCAACGAUUCUGACAAUCAAGCGGACAGAAAGACACCCUCGACCUCGAAGAAACUCGCUCCCAAAGGCAAACCUGCCUCCAAACGACAGAAAGUUGAGGAAGAAGAAGAAGGAGACGAGCCAGAGGAUAAUGACGAGAGGGACGACGAUGAAGAAGAAGAAGGAGAUGAUGAUGACGGUGGCGACGAGCUGGCUUCAAUCAAAGGAAUCAAACCUAAUGUUUUGAUGGAGGAUGGUGAAGAGAUGGAAGUACAAUCUCAAACGAGGUUCGUUUGUUUGUUUCUUCUUCCCCUACUAUAUCUGGUAAACAAUUCAUGCGAUUGUGUUAGUUCGUCGACGUACAAGGUAAAACGAACCUGGGAUCAUUAUUACUG